AUGGAUCGUCAUGAUUUAUUGGAACAUAUCCGACGACAAAUUUUAAACGUGGAAAAUAAAGCAAAUAGUCGAAAGAGCCAUGGAGUUGAGAAAGUUGCGAAUAAAGCUCGGAAAUUUCGGGUAAUCUACAAAAAAGUACCGUCUGCGAAGAAUACAUUUGAAGAGAAUGUGUUACGAAAGGCACAAAGUAUCCGCACUUCCGUUGCAUUUAAACAGUGCUGUAGAAGAUUGAACAGUUAUGAGGAUGAAAAUGUUGAAGUUAUUAGUAAACCUUACAAUUCCAUGCCAUCGUUAUAUACUUCAAAAAGCGUUUCUCGAGUCGAAAAGAACAACUGUAAGAAAAGUAUGCAAUGUUUUCGCAGUAAACAGUUCCCUGCAGGUACCUGCGGUUCUGGAAGUUGGGCACACAAAUCGUUGUUAACAUCUGCAGAAGAACCGCAAAUAAAAAAAACUGUGGUUGAUGUAGAUAGGUUUUUGCGGAAUAGUAAAAUGGAUUCGCAUUUACUGCAGUCUACGCGCUCAUGCACCAAGAAUAAAGUGGAAGGAAUUACGAAAGGCAAAAUAGUACAGCCUCAAAUUGCGGCGAUAUCGCAACAUAUGAAUUUGAAUAUCAGUGGCUGUGAACAUAACAGUUCUUGCGAUGAAAUCAGUGUUAAAAUCAAGCAAUCGUUUAGCACUUUGAAUGACUUGGAAAAUGACAUCGAUAAGGCAGCACGCUUUUUGCAAGCAUCAUUUUCAAAUCGAUUGUCAAUUUCUUCGUUGUUCGAAUGUGGCAAAAUGAAUGACGAAUCUUCGUUCAAACAGUGCAUUAUGAGAAAGCAUCCUUACAACGAUCAUCACUUUCCUAAGCAGGGUGUCAAAAGUGUAACAUUGGGUAAAACAUUGGGCUGUCGGCUAAAGGCUCACAUUGCUUAUGGAAGAAACGUUGCUGAAAUGAGCCAGCAUCUUCGCGAUGUUCGCGAUGCAUUCAGUAGCCAAACCUUGUUACAUAAACAUGAAGUCGAUGAUGUCAGGAAUUCACUAUCAAACAAAAUAUGUUUUGAUGGGCAGAGCAGCUUUUAUGCAACCGUACAACAACGCAUGAAUAAGGCCCUUCAGCAUAAUUCAGUUUCCAAUAAUAUGUACCAGUCUUCUCAGUAUCCCCUGAAGGAACGGAACUACUGUGAUCCAAUCGAUUUAUCCACAUCGUCGUUCUCAAAAAUAGAUUCAAUUCAAGAUGGUGAUAGUGAUGAUGCAAAAGAUGUAGUGCGAAGUACAGAAUCUAAAAUUACACCACAAACGGUUGUACAGCAAGAAAAGAGCUCUGAUAUGAAACUGAUAAAUGAGUCACCAUCGACAUACUCCACACUGAAUGAUGUCAAUCAGAAUGACGUAGUCAGUAGUUCGCCAACAUAUUUGUCCCAAGAAUUGUUGAGACGUGAACAUUAUGCAAGUAGCACUGUGAGGGCUCUUCGACAAUUCUACAGAGAUAGUAUGCUGUAUUUUGUUGUUCUGCGUAAACUGUAUCGUCAGCAAAAGAUUGAAGGUUUGUGGAAAGUGGAAAAUGAAGAAGAAAGAAUAAAAGCUGCAUGUUUGCUGCUGAAACAAAAAUACAUUGAUUCAGUUCGCAGUGCAAUGCCAACGAAGAAUUUGGUGGAUUAUCAUUUACAUGAGACUGCUCGGAUACAACUGCUUAAUCUCGAUUUACAGAAACGUUUGAUACUAUUAAGAGGUAAUAAAAAGAAUUCGAGUUUCGAAAAACUCCGCCACGGUUCGGAGAAAGUACUUCUUUUGACGAAGAAUUUCGAAAAAAAUAAUUUAGCGAAUGAAUUGGAGAAAUGGGAACGAAAAUUAAAGACACGUUCACGCUUUAAAAUUGAUGGAGGUCUUGUUGCGGACAUUGACAAUACAGGGUCCUUAUUUUCAAAUCCUGUUCGAAUUGUUCGAAAUACCCAAGAAGUGAAAGUCCAAAAUCCGAGGAGUUACAACAGGAAGUUGCAACAAUUGCGUGAAGAGUUAAAAUGGAAGAGAAAAGAAGCGGAUUUCCUGAAGCGAACAUUCAAUCAGAGAAUGAUGCGCAGUGAUCAGAGUGAGGAGAACUCAUUGAGGGCGCAAAUCGACGCACAUGAAUGUUAUAUUACGGAAACAGAAAAAGACAUUGCACAACUGAUUAGAUUGCAAAAUGGGAAUGAUGAUGACAAUGAAAGAUUGACUGUUAUCCCAACAGAGAAAUGCGAAAGUUACCCAGCAUCUCCGAAACUUACUUCGAUGGAAAUCACUGCAAAAAGAGCGUUUUCUGAUGGAAGAUUUUCAGAACCCGAUAAAAGUAAAACGAGUAUUGAUGCUGAUGCUCAUUCCACAAGCAAAUCCUGCAGUUUGGAAUGGGAUCCUGAAAAACGAAGUAUAGAAAUCACUCAGUAUUCGAAGCUUAUAUUAGAAGAAAAAUCUGGAACUGAUGGUGUUUCUGAAAAAUAUAAAAUUCCUCACUCAUCAGGAAAAACGCGUGGCACUUGUUAUUCCGUCGAACUGCCUUCAAGCAGCACCUUAACGCCUUCAAGACUUAUUUCUGCAGAACAGCUUACAGAUUCUCUUAAACCAAACUAUGUAGAAGAAAACUGCAGUGUUUCGGAUGAAACGCCAUUAGACAAUAAGUUAUUUUGCUCCCAGGAUGUUCCGACAUUUCCAAAAGAUCCUGCCCAUUUAAUGAUCUAUUCACCAGGAAGUAGUCAUUCUAGUGAAUUAUUAUACGGCGAAACUGGAAGUUUCAAGCAGGAUAUUUCAAAAGAGGCACUAUUGAUGUCCGUUAUUUGUCAGUCCGAUAGAAGCUAUUCCCAAGCGGAAGAAAAAGAUAAAUCGGCCGUUCAAACAAUCGACGGAAGAGAAACUGCUGCGGAUCAAAGCAAUUUGUCUUCCACUAUUGUUGAUGAACAGUUUUUUACGCCGUUACCAUCAGAUAUCGAAGACAAUGAGAAGAGUGAUAAUGAAGUAAAAGAGGAGAGAAUUGCUUCACGGGAGUCGUCAUCAAGUUUUCACACGACCAAUUCAUCCCCUGUUCCAGAUGAACAAAUUAGCAGUAAGACAGCACAUAGAUCACUGCUUACUCUCUCUCCAAAGUCGAGGAAGUUUAAACUUACAGUCAGUCCACUUUCCUCAUCAAAAAGUCUUACAUCAAGCAGAUAUGCGGCAUCGAUGCCACGUGAUGAUAGUUCCAGAAGUUCCACAGAUAGUCCUCGCACGCGGAAAACAGAAUCGAAUCAUUGUAUAUCACCUUUAUCUGCUUCUCUGCUCGAAUCCUUGUUAGAAGAUUCUUUGACGAUUAUGCUGAGGUUGAACCGCAGUCAAGUUUUGGAGGAUGAAACGUUUGUGCUUCAUGAAGGACAUAAAUUAACUGCGAGUUCAGCUACACUACCUGCGGACAGUUCAUGGCAAAGUGAUCAAAGUUACGAUUUAAAUAGAAUUCCAGUGCCCGAAGAUCUAAUACCUGGCCUUGAUUUGAGUGGUAUAAAUAGCAUUGAAGCAGAAACAAUUACUGAAAAGAAUGAUUUUUCUUCGAAGUUGGAGGAAGUCAGUAGUCUGGCAGAAAUAAGGAAUGAUGAGCUGGUCAAAUCGCUAGAACCUAUGUCAUCACAGUUCAGAUAUUAUUUGAGUGAUGAAAAAUGGACUGCCGAAGAAAUCCACUCAGUUAGUGAGCAGAUAUGGAAUUUGGCUAGCUUAGAACAUCCCUUGGAAAUACUGGUCAGUAACGAUCCAAGUGGAAUUGCAUCGCAGGAAGUGCAAAUGAGACAAAUGAUCGCGGAUAGAUGCUGUGAAAUUGCGAAAUGUUGUUUCAAAGAUGUUGGCAACCGUCGAUAUAUGGGAUUGACAAAUAUCAAUUGUUUCCGUCCUCGAAAUCUAUUGCAUCUAAGAAGCAUCCUUCAAAAACAGUUUUCUAAAUAUUACGAAAGCAACAAAUUGGAUAAUGAAAAGAAGCGUUGGAAAUCGUUAUCACGUGACCAUAAUUCCGAUAUCGAAAAUAUCAUUCUGGAGGAACUUUAUGCGGAACAAGACGGUUGGGAAGAUAUAUUGGAAAAUUAUGAAAACGAAAUCAAAGCUGAGCUAGUUGCUGAAUUAUGGCAUGAGCAGUUGGAUGAAUCGUUAUCGUCUGCCAUUAAUGUUUGA